GUUCACAGCCUGCCAGCGCGCCACUGCGCUCCGCUCCUCUCGCCUUGCCCCGGCCCGGGCUGUUGCCAUGCAAAUGGGCUUCUGGGGGCGAUCACGUGUCCUUUGAAGGGCCACGUGGAGCAACAAAGCUGAGCUGCCCCCUGCUCGCCCCCUUGACUGCGGGGAAAAAAAAACACACACAACAUUUUUUUUCUGACUCCUUUAAAACUGAUCUUUAAUGCAUACAUUCCCCAAACGCUGCUCGCCCUAAUCCCGGGGAAGCAGGCAGGCCCUGAAUGCCCACGGUCCCCCCCAAGACACGAUCGCUUUAUAAGCAGCCCCGUGGAGGUUAGGGGGCUGCAGUCCACCUGGGACCCUCGAGGAGGGACCUCGGGCUCCUCUGCCCUGCCAGGCCUCCCCCCCAUCCCCCCCGCAGCAUGGCCUCCAAGCUGAAGGAGCGGAAAAGGACCCCGGUGUCUCACAAAGUGAUCGAGAAGAGGAGGAGGGAUCGGAUCAACCGCUGCCUCAACGAGCUGGGCAAGACGGUGCCAAUGGCCCUGGCAAAGCAGAGCUCGGGGAAGCUGGAGAAGGCGGAGAUCCUGGAGAUGACGGUGCAGUACCUGCGGGCCUUGCACUCCGCCGACUUCCCCCGCGGCAGAGAGAAGGAGCUGCUGGCCGAGUUCGCCAACUACUUCCACUACGGCUAUCACGAGUGCAUGAAGAACCUGGUGCACUACCUCACCACGGUGGAGCGCAUGGAGACCAAAGACACCAAGUACGCGCGGAUCCUCGCCUUCCUUCAGUCCAAGGCGCGCUUCGGGCCCGAGCCCCGCUUCGCCCCGCUGCCCGACCCGGACUUCUCGUGCCAGCUGCACCCGGCGCCCGACUGCCCGGCCCACGAGCCCUUCCCGCCCGGCUCGGGCGCGCCCUUCCCCUGGCACGGCCCGGCGCGCGGCCCCUACCUCCCCGGCGCCGCCGUGCCCCUGCCCAGCCCCGGCCAGCAGCGCGGCGCCUUCCUGUCGCCCGUGCAGGGCCUGGACCGCCACUACCUCAACCUGCUCGGCCACUCCCACCCCAGCACCUUCGCGCUGCCCCCGGGCCAGUCCCCGCCCGGGCUAUAGCUCGCAAUAAACCGCGUCCUGCA